CGUCUCUCACCUCCUCCGAACAAGCACCAUGACUCUACUCAGAUUAGCUCGAAAGAUGUCCCUCAAACCCCUCAGCAGCCUCGUCACGCCAUGCUUGGAAAACCUUUCCAGCUGCUCUCACCUGCGCCUAGUACACAUAAAAGACGUCGGACGACACAGCACCAGUCCGCCGCUCCGGACAACCACAACGUACGAGACGCUUCAGCUCCUUUGGACCCCUUCGGGCCGGUACACGAUCAGAACACGAUGCCAAGAUUUAUUGACAUCCGCAAACAAGCAUUUAUAAGGACGCCAUCCAGGUCGGACAUGCCUCAAGCUCGUUCCCGGAACUCCGUAGAGCGUGAACCGAAACGACGACGGACUCUGGAGGACGAGACAAGCCUUCGCCGGUCCCUAGGUCUCACGAAAAAGUGCGUGCCUCAAGACGAAGCUGUUACCAUCAAUCAAACCUCAAGCUCUCAAGCCCUGAACCGAACAGAUACAGAAGAUGUCGUGAUGGUUCCCUCAGUCGUCGGGUCGAGCCGGACCCUCUUGGCGCCGCCGCGGAAGACUCGAGACCGCCAGUCGCGCGCAGCUUUGAGACAGAGCAUGGCAAGACAGCUGGGCGCACUAGCACCGACGUUUGUGAAGGUCCCCCAUCCCGCAAAGGAGCAUCGAAGUGACGAGCGGUCGAGUUCGCCGCACGAGGUGCCCGAGACGCAAGAAGAGGCGGCAGAUGGCGUGCGCUUCCUGGACGAGCUGCCUGCGAGCAUGGACAUCGAAAUCGACAUGGAACGCGUGCACGAGCUCGCGCGUGAGUGGCGCGUGCAGUUCGCGAGGGGCGUCAAGCCGAACGUGGUCAUCCCGAGACUGAGCUGUCUCGAGAGCCAGCGGGACGAGUACUAGUGGCCUGUGACGAUAAGGCGUGUUUUUUCU